CCUAUAUUUUCCUCCCCUGCAAAACUAGCUGGUCUUCUCUUCUACUGAACCAAACCACCAAUGUCGCAGCAAGGUCAAAUUCCGAUAAACCCCAUGGUUCCUCAGCAGAAUCCCAUGGCACCCAUUCCCAUGCAGGUUCCUAUGCACAUGCAAAUGCAGAUGCAGAUGCCCAACAUGCCCAUGCCAAUGCAUAUGCCCAUGCAGAUGCCCCUCCACAUGCCCCUCCAGGUUCCGUUCACCGGCUACGACCCAGCUGGGAACCUCAUCUACGACCCAUCGGGGAACCCCGGUUACGGGAAGCGCCGCCGCGAGGAUGAAGCUCCGGGCACCGUUACUGAGGGGGAUCAGUCUGCGGCCAAGCGCGUGAAGGGGCAGGACGUGAUAUUCAGGAUCGUCGUGCCGUCGCGGCAGAUCGGGAAGGUUAUUGGGAAGGAAGGUUGCCGCAUACAGAGGAUUCGAGAGGAGACCAAAGCCACCAUCAAGAUAGCUGACGCUAUUGCUAGACAUGAAGAACGUGUGAUCAUUAUUAGUUCAAAAGACAAUGAUGAAAAGGUUACUGAUGCAGAGAAAGCUCUUGAGCAUAUAGCCAAUUUAAUUUUAAAGGAAGAUGAUAGCAGUCUUGAUGCAUCAAAAGUUGCUGCAGGACAUGUGGCUGCCAAUACAAUAAGACUUUUAAUUGCUGGGUCUCAGGCUGGUGGAUUGAUUGGGAUGUCUGGUCAAAACAUUGAAAAGUUGCGGAACUCUUCUGGUGCCACCGUUACAGUUCUUGCACCAAAUCAGUUGCCUUUAUGUGCUUCUGCCCAUGAAUCUGAUAGAGUAGUACAGUUAUCAGGAGAUGUUCCUGCAGUAAUGAAGGCUCUGGAUGAGAUAGGUUGUCAGUUAAGGGAAAAUCCUCCGAGGCAAGUGAUUUCAAUCAGCCCAACAUACAAUUAUGCUGCAAUUCGACCUUCCCAACCAUAUCUCGACCCAACUUCAGUUGAUUAUGUUACAUUCGAGAUGCUGAUUUCGGAAACAAUGGUUGGUGGGUUGAUCGGUAGGUGCGGCUCAAACAUAUCAAGGAUCAGAAAUGAGUCUGGAGCAAUGAUCAAGGUUUACGGUGGAAAAGGUGAACAAAAGCAUAGGCAUAUUCAAUUUGGUGGUAGUGCUCAACAGGUAGCUUUGGCAAAACAGAGAGUUGAUGAGUAUAUAUAUUCUCAGUUGAUACAACAAACUGGUACCCAACAAUGAUAUUUCUAGAGAUGACAAACCUGGAAGCCAAAAUCUCUUGUCCCUUCAAUCUCUGCUAUGAGUUCAGCUCUGGUUCUUCACCUGGGGUGCUUCUUUAAGUUAGUGAAAUGUUGAUUGUUUUAUUAGGAUGUUGGCUUUUAGAUGGAUAGCGUUUGUUUUCCAUAUCAUUUUAGUGACAUUGAGUUACUCAGCUUGUACCGUAUCUAAUGUUUUAAUAUAGUUAAAGGUAUAAUGUUAUAUUCAUAUUUUUUUAAUACAAAUAUGAAUUCUUAUGUAUAA